AUGGCCAAAUCUGUCACGAUUGCGUUGUUUCGGAACGAUCUACGAGUUCACGACAAUCCAAUUAUAUUUCAUGCACACUCAUCAUCUCAAAAAGGUGUUGACAAGACUCGAGUUCAACGACCUUCGGAUUAUUACUUACCAAUCUACGUCUUCGAUGAAAGAAUGGUGGAGCUCUCCGGUUUGCCAGGGUAUCAACGCGAAGGAUCGGAAGCUCGAACCGGGGUGUGUGGGUUUUGGAGGACAGGAUGUCAUCGUUUGAAGUUCUUGUGCGAAUCUGUAUACGAACUUCAGCAUCAACUGAAGCAGCGUGGAAGUGAUCUGGUCAUUCGGUUCGGUUCCAUAGAAAAGGUCACUCUUAGCAUCAUUCAAGCUCUACAGGACACGGAUGUCAAAGUCGAUCAAAUUCUGAUUAACAAAGAAUACGCCUCUGAAGAGAUUGAGACGGAGGUCAAGAUAGACGAAGCACUCAAGAGCUUCAAGAUUUCUGUUCCUCUACUUUUUUUCCAUACGAGGUCAUUAGUACAUCCGGAAGACCUACCGUUUUUACCUUCAAAGACACCAGAUGUGUACACUCCAUUUCGAAAACACAUAGAGUCUUUACCGGAGCAGAAGCUAUGUAGACCUCUGUUACCCUGUCCUGAUCGUCUGAUUGGUAUGCCUCCGUUGAAGGAGAUAGCUCCUCAGCGCGGCAACUCGGGAUCAAGCUAUGACACCAUGAAGAUGGAUAAUAUCUUGGAAAGCUUAAUGAAACCGCUCUUGCAAUGUCCGGAUCUCGCUUGCCCAGCGUUCCCUAAGCUCUCGAGCUAUAAUUUCGACGAUAGAUCUGCAUUUCCUUACAAAGGUGGAGAAUCAGAGGGCCUUCGUAGGAUCAAUGACUACUUUUAUACGGGAAACCCCGCUCCAGUUCGAAGUUACAAAGACACGCGUAAUGGGCUCCUUGGACAGAGCUAUAGCACGAAGUUCUCUCCAUUCCUUGCUCAUGGUUGCUUGUCGCCUAGAAAGAUAAUCCUCGAACUACGAGAACACGAGAAAAAAUUUGGAGCCAAUAAAGAUACCUAUUGGGUUCUCUUUGAAUUGUUAUGGAGAGACUAUUUUGUUUUUAUCACGCAAAAGUAUGGCACAGCACUAUUCAAACUAGGAGGAUUCGAGGGCGUCUUGAAUCCCAAAGCAGCUUCUCAAAAGAUUCAUCAGUGGAAGCCUUUCCAAAAUCUCAAGAUGAAUCAAAACCAACAGGGAUCUCGAGCCAUCAAUCAAGCUGCAUCCAGAUGGCUGAAGGCUGAAACCGGAAUCCCAUUCUUAGAUGCCAACAUGGCCGAGCUUCGAUUGACUGGAUUCAUGAGUAAUCGAGGCCGACAAAAUGUUGCAUCUUUCUUGACUAAAGACUUGUACGUCGAUUGGAGGAUCGGGGCUGAGUUUUUCGAAUCUCAAUUGUUGGACUACGACCCUAGCUCCAACUAUGGAAAUUGGCAAUACGUUGCAGGAGUCGGGAAUGAUCCAAGGGCAUCACGGCAGUUCAAUCCGAUCAAACAGGCUAAAGAUUAUGAUGCAAAGGGAGAAUAUGUCCGGUGCUGGCUUCCUGAGCUAGCUAAGGUCCCACAGAAGAGCAUACACAAUCCUUGGCUACUGACUUCGAAACAGUGGGAAGAAAGUGUAGGAGAAAAUCAGAGAAGACCGGAAGGUUAUCCUCAUCGCCCUAUGCUUGAGCAACAAGCAUGGAAGAAGCACUAUCAGCGCCCAUAACUGUUUUUGAAUGAACAAAAGACUCUUUGAGAUGAAAGUCAACUACGGCCAAGUUUUUUUCGCGGUGUAUUCAACUUCGUAGUAAUGUUUGAAGAUAACGUUGUUACCUGCAUGCAUGUGAUAAACAGUAACACCACUGGUUGCGCAGUGUCAGAAUUACGUUAUCUAAACAUUUUUACUUUUAAACAGACUGCUUAUUUUCGUUUCUCUUUAUCGAUGUGUAUCAUAUCUGAUGCGUAUGCUGUAGCUAUAUCUCAACAAUCACAAUUUGCCGCCAUGAAUCAAUUCAAUUCUGAUUGACCAAGGU